GUUUCGUUACAUGUCGCUAGUUUUUGCGAAAGGCUAGACUGCGCAGUUUGCGUUGCAUCCGCUGCAUACUGCGUUGUACACGAUUGCACACGGAAUACGAUAUUGCAAAUCAAAUAACGCAGAUAGCAGAAUCAAAGUUCUUAUAUUUCAACUAGUUAGAAUCGUCAUAAUUAUCCGGUGAUGUUUGUUCGAUAAAUGGUGAUUUGAUUUGUUAUCGAUAAAUUCGUGUGUCAAUUAAUUACAUGGUUAACGAACGUAGGGAUUUGUUUGUUAUAUUUAUUUCCAUCAAGAGUCUAGGGUUAACGGGCCACCACUAAAAUCAGUACUAUCGAAAGCAGGUGGAGUAACGCAACUACGUUUCAUAGCCUCGUCUCGUCUCGUUUUUUCUUAUUAUGGGUUACUAGAGGCUGGUCAUGGCGUUACGGUGUUAUAUUUGAUAAGGGAAACCUUUUAUCUUCUAUGCAUUUCAAUUACGCAAUUCACUGAGUGACUCAUAUCUACCACAUACUACCCACGCUCGAGGAGAUAACUUUUUACAACCGUUCUUUGUAUUUAUUUUUGACAGUUACAUAUGUGCGUUGAAAUCGAUUCGUCGUGUUGUUGUUUACAUCGUGUGUAGCGACCAGAGAUGUUAUCGUUCCGCGCCUCAUGGAUCAACUGAACGCGAUAUCUCUGAAAAUAUCGUUUGAUAUUUGGAUAUAAGUAGCGGGAAGAAGUUUCUAUAUCCAAAGUUCAGCGAAAUGGACGUGUUAGAUGACAGUUCGUAUCAAUGCUCCGAUACUAAUAAGACACUGGAAAUAGACGAGGCUUGCUUCAAUAUUGUAAAUUUAUACAAUGCAACGGUUCGUUUUUAUUCGGUGGCAUGGGAAGCUUAUUGGGGCAAUGGUAAACUACAAGCUGUAUUAGAACCACGAAGUACUACAGGCGUAAUAAUAAGUACAAAACACCCGUUGCAUAUAUAUUAUCAAGUUAAAGAACCAGGCUCUAAUUACUUGGACUAUUGCCACGAAACGUAUAACUUCGAAGAGCACGGCAGUUAUGGAUGGAAUAUAUCGGCUGAACAUUUAUGUUCUCACAUUUAUGUCAUACGUGAACCAACAAAAAAUUAUCUUCCAAUCAUUGCGGCAAUUAUGAUAUAUAUUUUAGUUGCGCUUGUAUGGUCGAUUUCAAAGGUCAUUAUACGGGUGAUAAAAGGGAAAUUAUCACCCAAUAAUCCACUUAAUAUAAGUGAUUUGGAAAGGCUUCAGGAGUCGGAAAGUGUAACAUUUCCAACAAUCAGAACUACGAAGUCCAGUACCAGAAUACAUUCUGUAGAUACGUUUAGAGGAAUUGCUGUACUAUUGAUGAUAUUUGUCAACAAUGGUGGAGGCGAGUAUGUCUGGUUCAAUCACAGUGCAUGGUUUGGACUUACAAUAGCAGACUUGGUACUUCCUUGGUUCGCAUGGAUUAUGGGUUUGACAAUAGCAAUAUCGAAGCGCGCAGAACUUCGUAUUACAACUUCGCGUAUAAAAAUAGCAUUACGUUGUCUUGUACGGUCACUGAUAUUAAUACUUUUCGGAUUAAUGCUGAACUCCAUACGUAAUGGUCGUGUAAAGUCCUUGGGCGACCUCCGUUUUCCCGGUGUUCUGCAGUUGCUGGCUAUAACGUACUUCGUGUGUGCUACCUUAGAAUUAAUCUUCAUGAAACCUCAUUCUCAGUUCGGCCGGUUUGCGUCGUUUCAUGAUAUUUUAGACAACUGGCCCCAGUGGCUAAUUGUAACAGGCAUUGUGGCUACUCACACUUUAAUUACUUUCCUCCUGCCUGUACCGAACUGUCCAAGGGGUUACUUCGGACCAGGUGGUGAAUUGGAUCAUCGUGGAAAGUAUAUGAACUGUACUGCUGGCGCGGCUGGCUAUAUAGACAGAUUGAUUUUUGGAAAUCACAUCUAUAAUAAGACAUCAGAUGCUGUUUAUGGUACCAUUUUACCAUACGAUCCCGAAGGACUAAUGAAUACUAUAUCGGCUAUAUUUAUUGUCUAUUUGGGCGUGCACGCUGGCAAGAUUCUGUUACUAUUCUACCAGCACAACUAUAGAAUCAUUAGAUGGGUGGUCUGGGCAAUGAUCACGGGUCUCAUCGCUGGAAUUUUAUGUAAUUUUGAAAGACAGGAAGGAGUCAUUCCAAUCAGCAAAAAGAUGAUGAGCUUGUCCUUCGUUUUGUCUACUUCCAGUUUAGCUUUCUUAUUGUUCGCAUUUUUGUAUUUUCUUAUUGAUUACAGACAAUUCUGGACAGGAGCACCAUUUGUCUAUGCUGGAUCGAACCCCAUCUUCCUUUAUGUUGGUCAUAUAUUAACGAAAUCUUUGUUCCCAUGGUCGUGGUAUAUCUCCUAUCGCACACACGGGACACUGUUAGCUAUGAAUUUGUGGACAACAAUGUUGUGGGCAUUAGUCGCCUACUUACUACACCGGAAAGAUAUCAUUAUAACUGUAUAAACAGUAUACUCUCAUCAGUAUGAUAUUAUAGAUUUACGAAUGUCUCUACAUCGUGAUGGAAACGAUAAUCUUCUUACUUUUACAUAAUUAACAUUUGAGUAAAAAUCAACUGUACCUAGUUUUAUAAUCGGAAGCACAAAACAGUGUGCAAGAAAAACAAAACUAGUGCGUCGGACAACUGUCAACAUUAGUUAAUCCUAAAUAAAUUAACAACUGACUUUAUCUUAAAUGAUUUUUUGAAAUGAUGUAUUUUAUUUUUAUAAAUAAAGGUAACAUAAAUGUCUUCAUUAAA